UGUAUAUUUUAAAGGAUAAAGAAACAAAAGGCAUGCUAAAAUUGAAACAAUUAAAUAAAUCAGUUACUUUUAGGUAGUUGGCAAUGGCGGUUUUAUUCGAAGCUUCUGAUUCUUCUACAGAGAGAAAAAGAGGGUUUUCUCUCUUUUGGUUUCCCUCUUCUUCUUUUCAAAAAAAUCCAUUUUAAAACACCGCAAAAUUCUCGCCAUUCUUCUCUAUAGACCUCAUGAUUCUCCUACAUUUCCGUAAUUUUCAUCUUAUCCAUGUCUUCUAAACGAUUAAACGCCAUUGUUUCUCCUCCAUCGACAUCCUGACGCUCAAUCUUUCUCUCCCUCUGAAGAUUUUCCGGAUUCCAUUUCUGUUUACAUCGUAUGCACUUCAAUUUUCUUUUCAAACGAACCUCUAAUUGUUAAUAUCCAUUGAGUUUGCCUGCUGUAUAAAUCGAAGAUCUCGUUUAGGAGCUCCCCCAGAGCAGCUGGGGGAGAUCAAUCUGCGAAAGAAAGAAAGAAAUCGAUAAAAGUGGAGAUCUUCUGAGAUGGGGACAGUUGGUUGGGAUUCACCAAAUUCAAAUGGUCACGAAGAGAAGAUAUUCGUUUCAGUUAGAUUGAGACCUUUAAAUGCAAGAGAAUUAGCAGUUGAAGAUGUUUCAGAUUGGGAAUGUAUCGACAACAACACAAUCAUAUACAAGAACAGCCCCAAUGAAAGGUCUUUGGCCCCUACCGCUUAUACAUUUGAUAGGGUAUUUGCUUCUCAAUGCUCAACAAGACAGGUUUACAAUGAAGGAGCUAAAGAUGUAGCUCUCGCAGUCACCAAUGGCAUCAAUUCAACCAUAUUCGCUUACGGUCAGACUGGAAGUGGAAAGACUUACACCAUGUCUAGUAUUACCGAAUACACAGUUUCUGAUAUAUUUGCCUAUGUUCAAAAGAACUGUGAUAGAGAAUUUGUGCUGAAAUUGUCUGCAAUGGAGAUUUAUAAUGAAGCGGUGAGAGACCUCUUAAAUCCAGAUACCAUUCCUCUCAGGCUCCUUGAUGAUCCAGAGAAAGGAACUGUUGUUGAGAAACUUACAGAGGAGAGCCUAAGAGACUGGAACCACCUUAAAGAGCUUCUGGAUUUUUGUCAAUCUCAAAGACAUAUAGGGGAGACGGCUCUGAACGAAAUCAGCUCCAGGUCUCAUCAAAUUCUAAGAUUGACUGUCGAGAGUUCAGCUCGUAAAUUUACAAGUCUUGGAAACUCGAACACUCUAACCGCAUCUGUUAACUUUGUUGAUCUCGCUGGAAGUGAGCGAGCUUCUCAGACAUUAUCGGCUGGUACGAGAUUGAAAGAGGGCAGCCAUAUAAACCGAAGUUUACUUACACUUGGAACUGUUAUUCGCAAAUUAAGCAAAGGGAGAAAUGGACAUAUACCAUUUAGAGAUUCAAAGCUGACACGUAUAUUACAGAACUCGUUAGGAGGAAACGCAAGAACAGCGAUCAUUUGCACAAUGAGCCCUGCACACAGUCAUGUGGAGCAAUCGAGAAACGCUCUCUUGUUUGCUAUUUGUGCUAAGGAGAUAAGCACUAGUGCCCGUGUCAAUUUAGUUAUUUCUGAUAAGGCACUGGUGAAGAAGUUGAGGAAAGAGUUGGCCAGAUUAGAGAGCGAAAUGAAGAAUUUUGGAUCAAUGGCUUCGUCUGUUGAUGACUCCGAAGCUUUGCUGAAAGAAAAAGAAAUCCUCAUUGAAAAGAUGCAUCAGGAGAUCAAUGAGUUAAAAAGACAGCGUGAUCAGGCUCAAUAUCAUGUUCAAGACCUGUUACAAUCAUCUGUUAAUAAACAAGAGAAAAAUGGAAAGCCUGAUUUUCAGGAGGAUCAAUCUCAAUCAUCAGUUGUUAGUAGAAGAACUAAUCGUGUUUCAAGAUCACAAGUUCAAGCUCAGAAUGUUUUGAAACCUAAUUCCCUGGAAACAGGAUCAUCGUCACCAUCCUCAGAGGUUAUUGAUAACGAUAGCAGCUUCCGAUCUGAUGUUGAUGAACAUGUUUCCCAGGGAAGCAAUCGUGUCAUGUCGAGAAAUAGCACCAUUAAGGGUUUGGAGGAGGAAUGCGAAGAUAAUUUUCUAUCCGGUGAUAUCACUCCAAUCACAGUCAUCAAUGAACUAUUUGGACCUGACCCGAUAAAAGAUUGGGAGGAGAAUAUGGAUGAAGAACGUGCUGAUAAUGGAGUUCAAUACGUCGAGACAGAACAACAACAACAACAACCAUCAUCAGCAGCAGCAGCAAGCACAGAGGGAGAGCAUACUUAUGAAGCUUUGAAGGAAAAGAUUGCAUACUUGCAGAAAACUAUUGACUCUCUUAUGAUCGAGCCUUAUCAAACGAUGGAUCAUCAAUCUUCCUCAUGUUUUACCUCUGAAUCUGGAAGAAUAAGCUCUAGAAGCCUCAAGUUACCAAGAAGCCGAAGCUGCAGAGCAUUAUCAAUUACUUCCCCUUGGUAUGAAGAGAUGGAGCAAAAUGGGAAUACCACACCCUUUUGGAAUUCUGCAAGAGCUCAUCAUCAACAGACUGGAUUUAGUGGUUAUGACGGAGAAGAAAUUGAAAGUCCUGUUAAACAGAGGACAAUGAUUCCUUAUGUUGCUCCUCCUAUAGAUGAACUGUCUGAGGAGAUUUCUGGUGAAGCAGAUGCUGUUGUUAAAGAGCACAAAGAUCCUCAUGUAUCGGUAAGUAAUCAUGAGAAAGAAGAAGAAGAAGAAAAAGAGUUAGAGGGACCAGUACAUAAACAAGAACAUGAACAAGAACAAGAACAAGAAAAAGAAGAAGAUUCAAAUACAUAUAAUUGGGCGGAAGAAUUCGAAAAGCAGAGGAGACAGAUAAUUGAACUAUGGGAUGCAUGCGAUGUACCAUUAAUCCACAGGACACAAUUCUUACUGUUAUUCAAAGGCGAUUCAUCUGAUUCGGUAUACAUGGAGGUGGAGCUGAGGCGAUUAUCAUUCAUACACUCUGCAUUAAUGAAAGGAACUAGAAUUGUAGUGGAUGGUCAGGUUCUGAAACCAUCUAUAAGGAAGAAGGAAGUCGAGCGGGAGAGGAGAAGUCUUACCAAACAAAUGUCAAGGAUUUUGACAGACAAGGAAAGGGAAUCUCUGUUUGAGAAAUUCGGGAUCGCGUUGAACACGAAGAGGAGGAGGAUACAAUUGUCGAAUCGUCUCUGGUCGGACGCCAAAGACAUGAAUCAUGUUAUGGAAAGUGCUUCAGUUGUAGCCAAAUUGUUUGGAGUUAGUGAAGAUGAUCAAACUCCAAAGGAAAUGUUUGGAUUGAGCUUUUCACGUCCAGCCAUUAACAAUCGAUCUUUAGCAUGGAGGCAUAGUAUGUCCUUCUGAAACGCCCCCACCACCGCCAUCGCCACCGCAACGCAACCGCCGCCGGCGGCAAGAGAGAUAUGAUAAAGAGAAAGAGAGGGAUCAUCAUUAAUUGUACUUACUCUUGUGUGAAAAAUGUAUUUUUACUUUUAUCGUUAAUAUUUUGAUUUACUGAAAGAAGAAGUUGGUUAAAGUGUAAAUAUCUUUAA